GAAGGGCUCUCUCUCUCUCUCGUGUAUCUCUGUUGCUAUUAAAACGUUAGCUCUCUCGUACUCUGACUCCCUCUAUGUGAUAUUCCAACCAUUUUUCAGGCGCAUCUAGUCGGGAAACAGAGAACCCGUAAAGCCUCCACUUUUCAGUCUUUCUAUGCUUUUUCUUUCAAGGAUAACUCAUUGCCAUACAAAUCAAGUGGCGUAUUCUGUUGAGCUUUAAAUCUAUCCCGGAAAGGGUUGUUAAGUGGGUUUGGUGAAUUGGAGGGAAAAAUGUUAAAAAUGUGCAAGUCAGUGAACUCUGUUAAAGACUGGGAGGUGAAAGUGAAGCUUUUGGGAGAUGGAAAGGUUGCCAAGUUGAAGAACUCAAUGGUUUCAAAGUCUCCAAUGAAGCUAUGGAUUUUAAGGGCUAUCACAACUGCACUUCUAUGGACUUGUGUGAUACAGUUGACGGCACUAGGAGAGAUGUGGGGGCCAAGAUUGUUGAAGGGUUGGCCUUCUUGUUUUAGUCAUCCUGAAGUCGAGCUACCUUCUGUUCCCGCCAAAGUUGUUCUUCCUCCUAAGAGGAUUUAUAAGAAUAAUGGGUAUCUUAUUGUGUCCUGCAAUGGAGGACUCAACCAAAUGCGAGCAGCAAUAUGCGACAUGGUUGCUAUUGCUAGAUAUCUAAAUGUAACUCUCAUUGUUCCAGAGUUGGAUAAAACCUCAUUCUGGAAUGAUCCAAGUGAGUUCCAAGACAUAUUUGACGUUCAUCAUUUCAUCACUUCCUUGAGAGAUGAGGUUCGUAUAUUGAAAGAGCUACCACCUAGGCUAAAAAGACGAAUUGAAUUGGGAAUGUUCUACUCACUGCCACCAGUUAGUUGGUCAAACAUGUCUUACUACCUCCAUCAGAUUCUGCCUUUGGUACAAAAGUACAAAGUUGUACAUUUGAAUAAAACUGAUGCUCGUCUUGCUAAUAAUGGGCUACCUCUUGAGAUUCAAAAGUUGCGCUGCCGUGUAAAUUUUAAUGCUCUGAGAUUUACAUCACAGAUAGAAGAAUUAGGUAGAAGGGUAGUCAGGAUUUUAAGGGAGAAAGGCCCCUUCCUGGUCCUUCAUCUCAGAUAUGAAAUAGAUAUGUUGGCUUUCUCUGGCUGCACUCAAGGUUGUAACAGUGAAGAGGUUGAGGAACUGACAAGAAUGAGAUAUGCUUAUCCCUGGUGGAAGGAAAAAGUUAUAAAUUCUGAAAUGAAAAGGAAAGAAGGUCUGUGUCCUUUGACCCCUGAGGAAACUGCUCUUGUAUUGAGUGCACUGGGCAUUGAUCCUAAUGUUCAAAUUUAUAUUGCUGCUGGAGAAAUAUAUGGUGGAGACAAAAGAAUGAAGAGUUUGGCAACAACAUUCCUGAAUUUGCAGGUUAGGAAAGAAACUCUGCUGGGACCAUCAGAUCUGAAGUUUUUCCAGAACCACUCAUCCCAAAUGGCAGCAUUGGAUUAUCUCGUCUCCCUGGAGGGUGACAUAUUUGUUCCUACAUAUGAUGGCAAUAUGGCUAAAGUUGUUGAAGGCCAUCGCAGAUUUUUAGGAUUCAAGAAGACUAUUUCAUUGGACAGAAAACUACUAGUCGGUUUAAUAGAUCAAUACAACAAGGGAUCAUUGAGUUGGGAUGAGUUCUCUACCACUGUGAAGGAAGUUCAUGCUGAUCGGAUGGGGAGUCCAAAGCCACGGGUUAUCAUACCAGAAAAACCAAAGGAAGAAGAUUAUUUUUAUGCCAAUCCAUGUGAGUGUUUGCAACUGUUAGAUGAACCAUUGAGUAGCACAUGAACCUAGUCAUGCCAACAAGAUGGUCAUCCUCGUACUUGGUGCCUAUAUGUAUUUAUCAGAGGAAAAUAGCCUCAUUUUUCACCGAGGCUUAAAUACAGAUUAUUUCAACUCUGUUUGUGAAAUUGAGCUUGGAAGAACUUGGGGCCUCAGCGGCUCAGCCUGGAUCUUCUCAAGCAGCAUCAACAAAGGAUUUAUGACUUAAUUUAUUUUUUAAUAAACAGAAUGUGUGUAUAGCGGGAAAAUGUGCCCAUGUCAAGGCCUAAAUCCAGUGAGCUGGUAUGUAAAGAAGGAUAAUAGAAAGCUUUCCUUGAUGCGAGAUUUAUGAUGUAUUGUGUAA